AUGGCUUGCAUCAAGAAGCACGAGCCUUAUCCUAAGGACUGUGAGGGUCACGAGACAUCUUAUUAUGUCGAGGAAACUUCUGACCCUGAGGUAUCCUAUGACCCGGUGGACCCAUAUGACACCGAGGAACCCUUUAGCCUCGCGGAAGGUGAUGGUCUGAAUGGCCUCCUCCCUGAUCUCGAGGACGCCCAUGAUAUUGAGGAAACCUAUGAUAUCGGGGAACCCUAUGACUCCUCGACGACUUGGGCACCCUCGAAGAGCCGCCCGCUAAUGACAUUACAGGAGGAGAAUUUCAGCACCCGCCCCAGCAUCCGGAUUGUGAUGCCCGACAAUCUGAAGUCCCUCAUCGUGGACGACUGGGAGCGUGUCACCAAGAACGGCAGCGUCGUGGCCCUUCCUGCCCCCAAGCCCGUCCGCCAGAUCUUCCAGGACUGGCGCGAUGAGGAGGAGCCUAAGCGUCGCGAGAACCGUAUCGAUGUUGACGUCCUUGACGAGGUCAUCUCCGGCAUGCUCGAAUACUUCGAUGUCAUGCUCGACAAGGUCCUUCUCUACCGCUACGAACGCGCUCAGUACCGUGUCUUCCGGAGCAAGUUCCAGGACACCAAGAACUUCGGCCCCGUCGAUGUCUACGGGGGCGAGCACCUCAUCCGUCUCUUCAGCCUUCUUCCCGAACUCCUCGCCCAGACCAACAUGGACGUUUCGAAUACUCAGCGCAUGCGCGAAGAACUCUCCAAGCUCUCUCUCUGGCUUAGCCGCAAGUCGGAGAAGUACUUCCGUACCGAGUACAUUCCCGCUGAGCAGUCCUACGACGAGGCCGACGAUUCAUCAUCCUAG